AUGGAGUGCCGAGCUGCGGGUCCGUCGCAUGCCUGCUCUUGUGCAACCACUGCUGAGGUGUUGUCGCAGCUGGACACUGAGCUCCACGGUUCAGCAGCCCCUCGUGUCAUGUCGCAGAGUGGGGUCUCCGGGUUGCAGGAGGAGAACCUGCAGGGCUCCUGGGUAGAAUUGCACUUCAGCAAUAAUGGGAAUGGGAGCGGUGUUCCAGCCUCAGUUUCUAUUUAUAAUGGUGACAUGGAAAAAAUACUGCUAGAUGCCCAGCAUGAAUCUGGAUGGAGUAGCUCGAAGAGUUCUCACUGUGACAGCCCACCUUGCUCACAGACACCACAAGAUACUAAUAGAACUUCUGAAAUAGAUACACAUAGCAUUGGAGAAAAAAACUGCUCUCAGUCUGAGGAGGAUUAUAUUGAGAGAAAGAAAGAACCUGAAUACACCAUAUCUACAGAUGAUAUGCAAAUGGGAACAGAAAUAUCAAAUAGCACUACACUGGUGGAAUUUGUUCUCUUGGGGUUUUCUGAUAUUCCCAACCUUCAGUGGAUCCUCUUUGGAACAUUUUUACUCAUGUAUCUGACAAUUCUGAUCUGCAAUAGCCUUAUAAUACUAAUAACAAUAGUUGACCCUGCUCUUCAGAUGCCUGUGUAUUUUUUCCUUAGCAAUUUUUCCUUUUUGGAAAUCUGUUAUGUAACAGUCACGAUCCCGAGAAUGCUCAUGGACAUUUGUACCCAAAAAGGAAAUAUUUCCAUGGUUGCCUGUGCUACACAAAUGUGCUUUGUCCUCAUCCUGGGAGGCACAGAGUGCCUCCUGCUGACUGCGAUGGCCUAUGACCGGUACAUAGCCAUCUGCCAUCCCCUGCAUUACACCCUGAUUAUGAACCGCAAAUUCUGCGUGCAGCUCGUGGCCGCCUCCUGGAUCAGUACAGUUCCCGUUGUGAUUGGGCAAAUAUGCUGGAUUUUCUCUUUGCCCUUUUGUGGGUCUAACAAAAUUGAUCACUUCUUCUGUGACCUCCCCCCAUUACUCAAGCUGGCUUGUGGGGACACAUUUGCAAAUGAGACAGAAGUCUAUGUGGUAGUGGUGGUGUUUGUCACUUUUCCCUUUCUGCUGAUCAUCAUCUCCUAUGGCAGAAUUGUCUCCAGAAUUCUGAGAAUACCCUUGGCGGGUGGGAGGGCCAAAGCCUUCUCCACCUGCUCCUCUCACCUGACAGUUGUGGUCUUAUUCUAUGGAACAGCCAACAUCACUUAUUUACAGCCCAAACCAAGGCAGAUUGAAGACAUGGGAAAGCUCCUCUCUCUUUUCUACACCAUUUUGAUCCCAAGUCUGAAUCCCAUCAUCUACUCGCUGAGGAACAAGGACAUCAUGUUGGCUCUGAGAAAGCUACUAAGUCAUCAGCAUGGGGAAAAGACUUGA